AUGAUCGAUCUCAUCUCUUCUCUUCAGAAAGUAAAAGAUUUCAGAAGAUCACCCACGUAUUUAUAUAGCCAGAAGCUGGCGAACCGUUGGUGGGCGGGGAGCGCAGCGGUGGGAGGAGUAGACCCGGUGGUCUCCUCUUCCCCCGCAGCCGCCGCCACUUCCGGCGCAACAAUCCCUUCUCUCCACCUCCGCAACCCCCUUCCCGACCACCACCACCAUCACCAUCUCCUCGCCGCCGCAGACGACUCCAACCCCACCAACAGUAGCGGCAGCAAUACCAACAACGACGACCCUGCUGACGACCUCUCCGCCGGCACGACCACGCCAGGUGAAAACACUCCAGCUUCCGCCUCCGGCCGUCGGCCUCGAGGCCGUCCCCCUGGUUCCAAAAAUAAGCCAAAGCCCCCCAUCAUAAUCACCCGCGACAGCCCCAACGCCCUCCGUUCUCACGUCCUCGAGAUCGCGUCCGGUGCUGACAUAAUGGACGCCGUUAACACCUUCGCUCGCCGCCGUCAGCGAGGUGUCACUGUUCUCAGCGGUAGCGGCGUCGUUGCUAACGUCACCAUCCGUCAGCCAGCCGCUCCUCCCGGCGCCGUCGUCUCUCUCCACGGCCGCUUCGAGAUCCUUUCCCUCUCCGGCGCAUUUCUCCCAGCGCCGUCACCUCCAGGCGCCACCGGUCUCACCGUUUACCUCGCCGGUGGUCAGGGUCAGGUUGUUGGGGGCACCGUCGUGGGUGAGCUCAUCGCUGCCGGUCCGGUGAUGGUCAUCGCCGCCACCUUCUCCAACGCGACUUACGAGCGUCUGCCACUCGAAGAAGAAGAGCAACCGCCUCCUUCCGCCGGUCCACCCGAUGCGUCAGCGGCAGCUGGUAUGGGUGAGGGAGGGGAGCAGUUCGGGGCGGAAGGGUCGGCGAUGCCGCUCUAUAAUCUACCGCCUAAUCUGAUGCCGAACGGACAACUGCCACACGAUGUGUUCGCCGCUGCUUGGGCUCCUCGGCCGCCACCAAGCUACUAAUCAAGAAGUGAUUUUUCUCAUCUUUCUUAUCUUGGAAAGGAAAAAGGAAAGUGAUUGUUUUCUUUUUCUUUUCCAUUUUUUUCCCGUUUAAACUUUUUUCCUCUUCGAAUUUCGCAUGGUUAGUUCGUUCAUGUUUUUUGUGCAUUAAAACUUAGGCUUUUGUGUUUAAUUUAGAGAUGUUUCUCUUAUAUGAAUCUUUCUCUCUUUUUUUUUUCCCCCAAGUUUGUGUUAUGAAGAUUGAAAUUGGUUUCUUUUUGCUUUCUGGAUAAAACUUUCUUCGUUGUUCGCACCUGUAUCUGGA